UCCACACCGGCAUCAGCAUCCACACCGGCAUCGACAGCAGCGUCGGUAUCAACAUCGACACCGGCACCGCCACCACCGCCAGCUCCGGUGUCGGCAUCGGUAUCAGCGUCGGCACCGGCUCCAGCAGAGCCCAGCCAGGGUCACUCGUCCCGCUCGGCACGGCACCUGCGCCCAAGGACUUGGGGACCUUGACUCGUCCUCUGCCGGAGAGCAAUUCCCAGGGGGACGCUGGUCAGAGCCAGAGGGGACCCAGGCCGGAGCCCCCGUCCCCCGUGGGGUCCCUUGCUGGCCGGGAGACGUCGGGAGGGGGAACCGCCAGCCCGGGGAGCGGAGUGGGACCCUGGGCACAGGGGAGACACAGCGGCAGGCCAGGCUGGAGGGUGCCCGGGUUAGCAUGACCGAGGUGGAACCCGUGCUGGACUUUGCAUCCUCCGGGAGAACGGGCCGGCGCAAUGCCCUACCCGAUAUCCUGGGCUCACCAGCCGGCGUCAGCCCCUCCGACCUGCCCCUCAAGCUGGCCGAGAUGUCCCUGAGUGCAGGCAGCGCCCAGGAGAUGCAGUCGCCCUCGGCGGAGGUGCCCCCUCCGCAGCCCCCCAGUCCCGAGCUGAAGGACACGUCCUAACCCCCUUCCUGGCGGUGGGGGGGGACAUUGCUGACCAGCGGAGGAAAGAGGAGGCUGCGGAGCAUCAGCCCAGCUUUCCUGGCACAGCCGGAGUCCGCUGGGUUUUCCUCGGUGCUACCGCGGCGAGACCACCGGGCGUCAUCCCCCCCCGCCAUGGGGGGAGCACCGCAUGGCGGGCACCCGCCGUGACGAAGGGGCGAUUCCCACCCGCGCCCUGGGCGAGGACCCGCGAGGGGGGGAUGGGAUUUUUUUGCCUCCCCCUGGGUUGGGGGCCGGGGGGAGGAAUAUUUUUCUCCCGGAGCGUUUGGCAGAGCCGAGCGCAGGGGGUUUGCCGGGGGCUGGGGGAGGGGGGGGUUGCGGGGGGCUUCCUCCUCAUGGCAGGAGCAGCCCGCGGGUGUUUCUGGCUGAGUGUGAUGUUCACUGUGAUGUUUUGGGUACCACCGCCGUCUCCCGGCCAUCCUUCCUGCGCGACCAGGAGCCUUCUUCAAGAAGAACCUCCAACAGCCCCCCCCAACCCCCAAGCAAAUCCCCCCCCCCAGCAGCCAGCACCGUGCUGAGGGCCCCCCCUCCAUGGAUUGGAGCACCCCAGGGUGGUCCCUGCCCCGUGGGCGCGGGGGUCUUGGCUCCUUGUCCCCUGUCACCCUCUCCGCUGGCCCCGGGUCCCCCGCGGGAGGAGGCAGCUCUGCCAUGGGGGGUGCGGGGGAUUCGGGGUGGGGGGGUGAGGAGGGGGAUGCUGCCUUAGGCAUCCCCAGCCCUACGCAUCACCCCAGCCCCCCGUGCUGGGGCCACCCAUGGCUGUCCAUCCCUGCUCCCCUCCCGCACUGGGAUCCCCCACUCCGUGUCCCCGCAGAAGACCCCGGUGGGGGGGGAGGCAGCAGCGUACGGGGCCCGCGGGGGCCUGCAGCGCUGGGGGGACGUGCGCCAAGUGGGGCUGGGGUUUUCCAGGCUCUGACCACGCUCCCCAAAACCCCCACUCCUGAUGGCGGUGGGACGGGGACCCUGGGACAGGGAUCCUGGGAUGGGGACUCUGGGAUGGGGACUCUGGGAUGGAGACCCUGGCAUGGGGACCCUCUUGCCUGGACACCGGGGGGUCUCAGGGAGGCGAGGGGCCAGGAAGGACUGCGGUUGCCCGCAUCCUGCCUGAGCCGGGGGCUGGUUGCCCAGCCUGGGGUUUGCUGGCCUGAGGCCGGGACCGGGCAGGUGGUUGGACAUUGUGCUGGACCCAGCUCCAUCAUGGACGGUCACCUAUAGUUGUCGCUGUGGGACCAGCAAACAAAUCCCAAAGCCCAGGUCCAUUGUGGCCACUGUUGGGGUGGUGACCGGCUCCAGGAGAGCUGUACUGGGCCACACGCAGGGCCACCACAUCCGGCAGCACCCGUGCCCAACGCCCCAGGGUGGCCCUGGUUGCCCCUGGGCUUUUGGGCAAGGACAGCAGCUCCUCAGCCCUUGGUGUGGGGGCCAGCCCCAGCCGAGACGUAGCGUCUUGUGUGCGUGGGCAUCCGUGUGCGUGUGGGUCCAUGUCCAUGGGCACCCAUCCGUGUGGUGGGUCUCUGUGAGCGUGGGUGUCCAUGUGCGUGGGUGCUCCUGUGGGUGGGUGUCCACGUGUGUGGGUGUCUACGUGCUUGGGAAGCCAUGUCCAUGGUGUGGGCACCCAUCCGUGUGCGUGGGUGUCCAUGUGCAUGGGUGCUCCUGUGGGUGGGUGUCCACGUGUGUGGGUGUCUACGUGCUUGGGAAGCCGCAUCCAUGGGCACCCAUCCGUGUGGUGGGUCUCUGUGAGCGUGGGUGUCCAUGUGCGUGGGUGCUCCUGCGGGUGGGUUUCUGGGGGGGGGGAGGGUGUCUGUGUGCGUGGGCGUCCGUGUGGGCAUCCACACGCGCGUGUGCGUGUGCGUGCAUGGACACCCGUGUACAUGGGUGUGCGGGUGCUCCUGUGGGUGGAUGUCCGUGUGCGUGGGCAGCUGUGUGCGUGGUGGGUGUCUGUCAGCACGGAGAUGCCCAUCCGUGGGUGCUCCGAUCGGGGGAUGCCCAUCCGUGGGUGCUCCGAUCGGGGGGUGUCCAUGUGCGAGGGCAGUCAUACGUGUGAACGUCGCCAUCUCAUGGUCCUGCUGUCCCGGGGGGGCACCUGCAGAGCUGGGACACCCACACCCAGGAGGGUGGGGGGACAGGGGACAGCCCCUUCCCUCUUCGUCCCCUCCAGGGCCACGUGGGUGGGUGCGAGUGAGGGCUCUGGCUGCCCGGGGAAUAAAUCCUCCAUCUUUCCCUGGGGAGCCGUGCCUUGUGGGGUGUCAGUGCGGGGGGACACCCACCCCGCGGGGUCCGGUGCCUGUCCCCCCCGGGGACACAAGGUGAGGGGGUCCCGCUCACAGCGGUGCCGGCAGGAGGCUGAACACGAGCUCCCGGCUAUUUUUGGGUGUCUGCGAUGACACCUUGGGGCCAGGGAGAGGGAGAAAGUGUCCCCGUGUCCCUCCCGGACCCGGUCGCUUUGAUCCAGAUGUCCCUAAGGUGGGGGGGAUGCACGGGGUUCAGGGACACCCGAUUCCCCCAGCUGGGACUCUGCUCCGCCCGGGGACAGGGGAGGCAGUGGCACGUCCCCAGGGAGCCGGGGGACAGGGGACACUGAAUCCCACGUGGGAAGGGACCAGGAGACACACCGGCCCUGACCCCGCUGCCACUGGAGCGCAAAGUGAGGGGAGGCAUGGCGGGGGGACAUGCUGUGGGUCGCAUGGCCCCAUGGCUGUCCUUGUUCCCAGUGUCCCCCGCACAGAGCAUCACUGGGGGUGCACUUGUGUGUCCCCACACACCCCCAGGGCAGGCACAGGGUCACACGUGUGUCCCCACAAUCCUCUGGAUGCCUGACCCUCCGCCCACCCCCCCCCCCGCCCCGGCUGCUCCCUGUGCCUCAGUUUCCCCAGCUCAACUUCCUGUCCCCAGGACAACGUUACCCUGAAGGACACUGCCAUUGCUGGUGUCCCCACGUCCCGACCAUGCCCCACCACCCACACAACCCCCCCACCUUGGGGCUGCCAUGGAGUGGGCACACACCUGCCAUGCCCAGCCCUUGCCCUGCCUCAGUUUCCCCAUAUCCCACACCCUUCGCCCCCCCCGCACCGCCGACGCAGAGACCGUACACAACUCACGACACCGUUGACCCCA